UAAUUUGCUAAAAUUGCAGGAGCCAAAUGCUUAUUUCCAUAUCUGUUUAUGGUUGUGUAUUCCAUCCAUUUGGUGGAUCAAUGCGUUGUGUGCAAUAUAUGCUUUAAGAAGGUCUUGCAAGUAUCAGAAGGCAAUCAAAUUUCUUUGUUCAUAUCAAAUUACGUGGGAGCCACCAACAGCUGAGUGUGACAUAGGCUACCGUUGGAAUCUGCUUUAUAUUUGCUUAUAUGAUUUUCAUUUUUCUUUCAGUAUUAUUAAAUUGUACUGCCGUCUCUUGAGCGACCAACUUGUCAAUUGAAAUUGCCAAAUGCCAGAUAACAUCGUAUAAUAUUGUUGAUUGCAUUACCAAACUUCAUAGGAUGCUUUAAAAUUUCCCUGUACCUUAAAGAAUUAUUAUACUCUGUUGAAUUAUUUAUUAUUAUUAUUAUUAUUAUUAUUAUUAUUAUUAUUAUUAUUAUUAUUAUUAUUAUUAUUAUUAUUUUGGUUGAAUAUGUUUGAAGACAGUUGUAACUUCAUUUUUGCCUCUGCAUCUCUCAUUUUGGAUGAUAAUCUCCUAUAAAAAUAUCUGCAUAAAUAAAGCCAUUCAACUCCAAUUCCAAAAACUUUCUAUUCUUUCUUUGAAAAUAUGACUUCUUUUGAGGGAAGGCCAUUGGUUGAGGUAGUGGAACUCAGCGGGGAAGAUUUCAAUGAUCACCAAGACGCUAGUGGAUGUGGGUAUGGGUGCUUUCGUGUUUUAGGGUUGAGAUGGGGGCAAGGUAAUGAUGAAGGUAAAGGUCUACUGGAGCAAAAGGAAGAUUCUUGGUGGGGUUGCAAGUUGAGGAAGAUGAAGGAGGUUUCAGAAGUGAUUGCAGGGCCUAAGUGGAAAACAUUCAUUAGAAAGAUUAGCGUGUAUGGCAAGAAACAACAGAAGAAUAGAUUUCAAUAUGAUGAACACAGCUAUGCUCUCAACUUCAGUAGUGGGGUUCAGAGUGAAGAUGAUGACUUGCCGCACAGUUUCUCAGCUAGAUUUGGUGCACCUUUUCCCUCUGGACGCCAGAGUGAACUAUGAUUCAAUGCAUUAUGAUCAUGGUUUUAUUUGUAGAAAAUAUUGGUAUUAUC